UAUAAUUAUGUAAAUAAAACGUGAUAUAUCUUCAACUGCUUAUGGUUCGAUUCUCUCGUAGUCUCUGCCGCUGGCUCUAAGCGUUACUGAAACUCACGGCGCUUGAAACCACAUCCAAUCAACAACAUUGACACGAGCUCCAGCACAGAGUCAGCGAGACAGAGAUGACCUCGAAGCGCCCAUUGCCCUUAUAUUCUUGACCAAAGUAAAAACCAUUUGAAUUUUUGGAAAGGAAUAAUGAGCCGAGGAUUCGUUUCUUGGGGCGACUCGGGAGCGGUCUUCAUGGCGAGGUACACAAGGUCGAGAUGAAUGGAACCAUGUAUGCUCUAAAGCUUUUUAAAUUUUAUUAUUGGCGGAUGCUGACACCACCCGAGCCACUGCAAUACGACGGAGUCACCAUCAAAGGUGUCAUGGGCCAAUCUGAUCCGUUCAACUGUGAAUGCCGAGCAUUUGGUAGGUUACAAGAGACCGGCAACGAAGAAUUAGCAAUAAAGUGCUAUGGAUACGUUAUCCUUACUGCAGAGGAGGAGGAACAAGUCAGGCAGCUCAGCUCAUUCCCAUGGACGCGACAUCGACCAGAGCACCAGCGAAUGGGCAUCCGGGGUAUUGUCAAAAAGUACGUGGAAGGGUCGACCCAUUUCGAGCGAAGUAAACUACCUCAGAUGCGACGUGAUCUUCUCAGUCCCCAUCGAAUUGGAAUCUGUGUAUUCGACCUGCGGGAAGAUAACUCUAUGGAGAGCAAGAUUGUCGACUUUAGCCAAGCACAUGUCACUCCCCAUCGAUAUUUGGACCUCGUUGAUCAGACAAGUUCAACGCACGAAGCAUACUGGCGAGACUUCACUGCAAUUGAUGGGAUUUUAGUGUCAUGGAAUGAGGCGCACCCGCGCCAGGCAUAUCUCCGAUUCUUCUUGCCGCGAAUGAAAUAUAUAAGCAGACUACGGCUGAGCACGCGAGCCACUACAACACCAUUCAUGACUGUGCCCGACAAAUAUCUAAUGCCACCGAGAUAUGAUUGGAAAGUAGCAUCCGCCGCUAGGAAGUCGGCAUCUAGGAAAUCGCGGCAAUCGCACGCCCAACCUGAAAAACAAGACUUGUAAUCGACAACGACGCUAAUCAUCAUGACCCUCGAGGCCGCUUCCUUGAACCAUCACCGUCCCUCUGGAGCGCAAUUGCCAAUGUUCUUCUUGCAUUGGCUGCUUGUUUCCAGUCAUAUUCUGCAGCGGUGACAUGCUUGCUACUACCGCUGAAGAGGCGAUUGGCAAGCCACUGCACGUUUCGCCCUUGCUGGUGCGGAGCUGGUGUAAAGAAACCAUUGUACGUAUCUUUUGGAUGCCUGGUAUUCCAUUCAUCCACUAUGGCAUCCAUAUUAAUAAAAUCACGUUGGCAAUUCCGCUUUGCUGUCAGGCCAUUGCUGGAUAAAUCGAGAUCCCGAUGCGGUACAACCAUGGCUUCGGACAAGUCGGCCACUUUGCCUUGAAUAUAGCUCUCUUUGCUGAGAUUGUAGACGCAUAUGCCAAUCUUGUGCAUGUCUAACAUAUCGCGUCUUAUCUGAGGUAGCAUAUGAUAUUCCAAAUCUGCGUUGUAUGGGAGGCACUCUUUGGCGACAGCUCGAAUCCCUUGGCUCUUCUGCCCCAUUGGUCUCGCCCAGUCCGAGGACGACGCCUUUAAAAGUUGGGCCUCCUCGUCAUCAUUCAAGAUGAUGUAACCGUAGCACUUGAUGGCUAGAUGUUCAGAGUUGGUCUCCUUAAGCCGUCCGUACGCGCGGCACUCGCAAUGGAACGGAUCAGAUUGUGCUAUGACGUCUUUGAUGGUCUGGUCGGGGCAUUGUUCAAAGUACGUCGACUCAACGAGAUCUGACCAUCGAUAAAAUUUGAACUUUCCAUGUUAGUAGAUAGGCAUGGUAAUCCGCACUUGUUGUAGCUCACCACUGUCAGGUCGUAUUCUUGGCCGUCAAUGUCAACGCGAUGGGUUUCGCCGCGCGCGCUGCCUCUAAUAAGACCCAGGAAUCGAAUUCGGGGACCAAAAAUGCCCUCUGGAAAUACAAAUGGAUUUAAUUUCGGUCCUUGAUACCAGGGAAGCGGGCGGGAGGCUCCCCCUUUCGCCAUACUGGCGACCGUAGUGUUGGUGCAUGAGGAUGAACUCACGCGGCGGGCAGUGAGGCAGUACUGCACGCCUGGACGCU